AUGACAAGUAUGAGACAAGCAAGACAACUGGGGAGCCAAUGGAGCAAUGAGGAGCUACCCCGAAUGACCAUCACAUUAACUGAGUUAAUGAGGCGGCUGAGGGGAAUGAAGGAAUUGAGGUGGCCCGCCAAAAUGGUUAUUGAUCCCGAAAAAAGAGACAAAAGCCAGUAUUGUGCCUUUCAUGGGGAGCAUGGUCAUCAAGGAGAUGAUAAGAGUCAGGACCAAUCCCUACCUCCAUAUAUCAAGAAGAAUGUGAACAUGAUCUCGGGAGGAUCAGACCUAAGUGGGAAUUCAGUCCGAGCCUCAUUGGCCCACUCUCGCCGGAUCCACUCCAUCAAGGCAAUGACAGUAAUUGAUAAUGAAGGACCCGAUGUGCAGAUAUCAUUCAAUCAAGGGGAGGCUUCUGAGCUAGAACACCCCCAUGAUGAUGCCCUGAUCAUUACCUUAGAUGUGGCCCAUGUUCGUAUGAAGCGAAUGCUUAUAGACACCGGAAGCUCAGCCAAUAUCUUAGUUGCUGAGGUUUUGAAGGAAAUGGACAUUGAAUAUUUAAAGGCCCAAGAGACACAAGUUACUCUGGUAGGAUUCUUAGGGGAAAGUGUCGUCGCUCGAAGUUUCGUUCAACUGCUUGUCUACGCUAAUGGAAUAAACAAGUCAGUCAAAUUCCUAAUUGUGGAUUGUCCAUCAGCCUAUAAUGUCAUGCUCGGCCGACCAUGGAUCCAUGCAAUGAAGGCAGUCGCUUCGUCUGACCAUCAGGUGAUCAAGUUUCCAUGCAAAGGCGAAGUAAGAGAAAUAUGA